UCACAAUCAACCGCUGGUGAACCGCGGUCGCCCUUUCGUGCUUGUGCGGGUGAGCAAAGGGAGCAGCAGCAACAAGCCGCCAAUGGCGGCUUUGCUUCACGUGGACGUCCACCUGCCCAGUGGCAGUGCAUGCUCUCUGGCGCUGCCGCCGGACGCAUGUGUCGGAGAUUUGAAGAUCGCGGCGCAGCAGUGCUUCCAACGGAGCUUUCUGCGCCUGGUGAAGGAGGGGAAAGCGCUGGAGAACCUGCUGCCUCUGAGCGAGGCCGGCAUCAAAGACGGGGAUUUGGUGAGCGCUGUGGUACAGAGCCCCACCAUCGCCGCCUCGAAGCGAGCCUUUGCGCUCUUCGUGCGAGGAGGCGGUUGUGUGACCUGGGGAGACUCCAUGAGUGGUGGAGACAGCAGAGAGGUACAGUACCAAUUGUGGGGCGUUCAGCGCAUCAAAUCCGCGGAGAGCGCCUUCGCGGCGAUCUUGGUGGAUGGCUCGGUGGUGACCUGGGGCCAUCCUCUGCUGGGCGGUGACAGUACCCAUGUGCGGGACCAGCUGGUGCAGGUCCGUGAGAUCCAGUCCACCGCCCGCGCCUUCGCCGCUUUGAAGGAGGAUGGUACCGUGGUGGCCUGGGGAGAGCCGGACAGCGGCGGCGACUGCUCACAGGUGCGCGAGAAGCUGCGCAAUGUCCGGGAGAUCCAGGCCUCCGACAGCGCCUUCGCGGCGGUGCUGCAGAGUGGCCAGGUGGUGACUUGGGGCUCCCCGCGCUCCGGGGGCGACAGCAAAAGGGUUCGCGACCAGCUGGUGUCAGUGAAGCAGAUCCAGUCCAGCGACUUCGCCUUUGCCGCGCUCCGGGAGGACGGCUCUGUUGUGGCCUGGGGCGACCCAGAUUUCGGAGGGCACCUGGAGCCAGAAAGAGCGCGGGCGAUUCAGCGCCCGGUGCAGGCCAUCCAGGCCACCCGCAGCGGCGCCUUCGCCGCUUUGCAAACCGACGGCGCCGUGGUCUGCUGGGGCGGGCCCCAGGCGGGCGGUGACAGCAGCCAGGUGCAGCACCAGCUGCACGGCGUGCGGCAGAUCGCCGCCUGCGGGGCCGCCUUCGCGGCGAUACGCGGCGACGGGACGGUGAUCACCUGGGGUGACCCCGAGUUCGGAGGGGACAGCCGACGGGUCCAGAAGCAGCUCACCCAGGUGGCGCAGAUCUCGGCCACGGAGCACGGCUUCGCCGCGGUGCGCCAGGAUGGCCGUGUGGUGACCUGGGGCUUCAGCGCCUUCUUCGGCAGAGACUUGAGCCGGAUCUUGCCGCGCCUUAGGAGGGUGCAGCAAGUCCAAGCCUCCGACUACACCUUCGUGGCUCUCCGGGAGGAUGGCUCAGUGGUGACCUGGGACCCAGAAGAGGACAUCAACCGGCUUCCAGAUGGGAGGAAGGUGCAGCAGGUCCAGGCCAGCUCCAGCGCCUUCUGCGCGGUGCUGGACUCGGGGACGGUGGCCUGCUGGGGGGAUCCCAAGCGCGGGGGGGACUGCUCGGAGGUGCUGGAGGAAAUGGCUUGCCUAUGAGAUCCUGGAGUCCAGGAUGGGCGCCAGGCGGCCAAGCGCGCGCACAGAUCCAUUCAGGCCGAAGGCCGAAGGAAAGCGGGCACGCCCUCGGCGAGAGGCGGCCAAACAAAUCCGGGAGAAUGAGAGGGCGCGAGCGGUUCUUUGGUCUAAGGGUGCUCCGGAGCCGCGAACCGAUUCGGAGUUCCACGGCCACGAUUUCCACUUUUGGUUGCCCUCACCCUAAGGGUAUGCAGAAC